AUGGUCCGCGUCAAACAUCGCUACCUCCUCCUCGACAUUCUCUACCCAGAACCCUCCUCCUGGCCCACCUCCUCAACCAGCAAAAAGAAAUUGCCAUCGCAGGCGGACGCCCAGCUCCGGAUCCACUCGCCUACAUCUGAUGCGCUGACCCCCGCCUUACUCGCCAAGAUGGUGAGGGAGGAAGUCGCGGAGAUUUUUGGGGACUGGGGCAUUGGUCGGCUGGGUGGUGUCGGGGCCGGCGGUGUUAGUGUCAAGUAUUUGUCGCCUGCCACGUCGACGGCUAUCAUCCGGUGUCCGCGCGCGUCAUUCCGUCUCGUCUGGACGGCGCUUACGUAUAUGUCGCAAGUACCGGAUUUUAAUAACGGUGGAGUGAAGAGGGGUGCUCCUGCGGCUGGGGGGAAGAUGCGCUCGUGUGUGUUUCGGGUUGUGAAGGUGUCUGGGACGAUGAAGAAGGUGGAGGAGGAGGCGAUUCGGCGGGCGCGCAGGGAGAUCUCGCGGUUGAAGGGGGCGGAUGAGAUGGGGGUUUUGGAAGGGUUGCUUGGGGGUUCAGAGGGCCGGGAGGCUGCGGCUGGUGGUGGGUUGGCCGCUGCCUCUGUGCGAGAUGUGAUGGAUGAGGACGAUGUGGAUAUGGAGAGCGACGAUGAUGAGGAUUGA